AUUAAUAUCUCAAGAGAUACUAUUUUCAUAAGUGUCAUCAAUCACUACAGUCACAGUACCAUGGAUUAAUAUGAAUAUUGAAUAACUCUACUGUCUCAUAAUAAUACAAAUGAAUUAUCAGUCGUGUGCGAUAAGUGUCGGUUGAAUGAUAAUAAUCGUUCGAUAAACCGAGACUGCAUUUUAAGUAAAGAAAGCCUACAACUCAGGAGAGGAAAAGAGUUGAAGGGUACGGAGAAAGGAAAGAUUUAGGCGCAGGCAAAUUGUGGAGCGUUGACUAUUUUUGCAACGUCGAAUCAAUACAUUCUCUGUGUGCGUGCUUAUUCCAUGUAAAUAUAUCUAUAAAAAUAGACGUCGGAUCAUCGCCACGAGUAUUAAUACGGGAAACGGGCGCGAUGUUCAGUCAGUUUUGAGGUUAACAAUCGCGCAGUCGUCGUCGUCGUCGUCGUUAGCGAUGAUACGAUUUUAUUUCUGAUUGCCGCCCGUGCCUCUGGCGAAACAAAGAAAGAAAGAAACCUUGAAAAAAUUUCGGCGGACACGCGUACGUCUUCGGAAAUGGAUCCAGCUCCGAAAGCCAUGGAGGAAUCGUCUGAAAUUUGCCAGUCGCUUAUGAAUCGUGUUUAUUACGCGGCUCGCGAUGGCAUGGCAAUAUCUCUAUACGAUAUUCUCAGCGAACGGUGGGACCAUCUGGACCAGCUUCUUAAUCAGACAGUGAUAGAAGACGACGGUCAGCACUGCACUCCAUUGAUAGUUGCGGCUAGAUAUGGUCACAGUAGAGUCGUCAAAAUGCUGGUCGAUAAAUUCAAGCCAGAUUUGGAGCAGGAGGGCACUGUUAAAUUUGACGGAUAUGUUAUACAAGGGGCGAGCGCUCUUUGGUGCGCUGCAGGCGCUGGACAUCUGAAUGUAGUAAAAACUCUUGUCAAGGCUGGAGCGAAUGUUAAUCAUCCGACGAGAACAAAUUCUACACCCUUAAGAGCCGCUUGUUUCGACGGAAGGCUCGAUAUCGUUCAGUACCUGACUGAGCAUCAUGCCGAUGUACAUAUUGCCAAUAAGUACAACAACACGUGUUUAAUGAUUGCUGCUUACAAGGGACACCUCGAAGUCGUGAGUUAUCUGCUCGAUAUUGGUGCUAAUCCCAAUGACAAAGCACUGUGUGGAGCAACGGCGUUACAUUUUGCUGCUGAAUGCGGGCAUUUUCGUAUAGUAUCAGAAUUGUUGAAGUAUGACGCUAAGAUGACGAAAAACGUCAGCGGUAUGACGCCGUUGAUAGCAGCUGCCGAAAGGACAAGAACUGAAGUAGUAGAAUGUUUAGUUGAGAGAAACGAAGUUAGCAAGGCUGAGAAAAUUGAAGCUUAUGAAUUGCUUGGUGCUUCUUAUGCUAACGAUAAAGAUAAUUAUUGUAUUAGCAAAGCGUUCAAAUAUCUAUACGAAGCAAUGAAACUAAGAUAUAGUGAUCCUGAAAAUAUAAUGCACAAACCAGUCUGUACACCGAUAUCAGCGUAUGAAAAUUGGAGAGAGUCUGUUACUUUGGAACAGUUGUUAAAUAUAGAAAAUAAUCACAAUGCUAUCCACAUGGAAUCGCUUGCAAUUAGGGAAAGAAUAUUAGGAACUCAUAAUCCGGAGGUGCCGCACCCAAUAAUCUUCAGAGGGGCUGUUUUUGCUGACAAUGCAAGGUUCGAUAGGUGUAUCGAUCUUUGGCUCCAUGCAUUGAAGCUGCGGCAACUAAAUAACAUUUCGGUUGUUAAAGACUUGCUUCGUUUUGCUCAGGUAUUUUCACAAAUGAUCCACGUUGGAGUUGAUCUGCAAUUCACACAAGUUAUCAAUGUCUUAGAAGCUAGUGUAAUAGAACUGAAAAGAAAUAAAGACAAAAUAGGAAAUCUAGAAUCCAAGGAUGAUUUCGAGCAAAUUAUUGAGGAAAUGGAAUCCAAUAUUACAACUACGCUUUACAUCUUAACUAUUCUAAUGAAAUUAAUAAAGCUGAAUGAGAAGGGAAGUGAGGAGGAAAAAGUUAGCCGAGCUCAUCGGCUAGUACAUAAUUUAUGCGCACUUGACGUAUCUCUCAGAGAUGGACAAACUCUGCUUCAUCUUGCUGUGAACGCAGACACACCUGUGGACGAUUUUCAUACUAACGAUGUUUGCAAAUUUCCUUGCGCUGCUACUGCCAAAUUUCUUAUCCAAUGCGGGGCUGAUGUUAACGCGAUGGAUAUUAACAGGAAUACACCUCUUCAUGUGAUUGUUAGUUAUCAAAAACCUAUCAGUGACUUUUUAACGCUUCAUUCGAUAAUAAUUGAUCUCACGGAGGCUGGAGCACAUAUGGAUACAGUUAACAUUGAAGGAAAAACUCCCUAUGAUGCUGCCACAACUGGUGUAGCUGAAAUAAUACUUCGAAAGCAAACAAAACUUUCGCUAAAAUGUAUGGCAGCUAAAGCAGUAAAGACGUACAACUUGUCAUACUGUGGUAGCGUGCCACGUUCGCUUGAAAGUUUUAUAGAACUGCACGGACCCGGACUUAACCAAGGCUAAUUACUAUGUGACUAUUGAUUCCGAGACAAGAAUCGUCACCGUUGUUACUUCAUGUUGUAGGGAAUUUUUAAAUCCCAAAUUCGGUUUUUAUGCUAUUUUUGACAAGAUUUUCAAAUUGAAUUGCUAUCGGCACACACGAGCCUGUGAAUGUAGUAAAUCACACGAAUAUGGUGCGUCAAAAAGUGAACUUAUUUUUGCUAUAAAAUAUUCAAUAUUCACUAUUUAAAUUCCCCUUCUAUACAUGAAUAACUCUGAAAAUGCCACAGCCAGCCGCUGGAUAAUAUGAAUUUCCCUUGUAAUAUCAUGGUUUUUGGAGCCCAAUUAGAAUUUGUCUCUGAGUGGGCACAGUAUACCACUUCCAUUACUUGAAUAAGUGGAUUGUGUAUUGAUUUUCUAAGCGUUAGGCACUCUGAGAAAUGAUUUAGGAUCCGUGUGAAAAUUUUUUCAAGUUCUCUGGCAAUAGCAUAGGAAGCUAAUCACUAUGACGCACUAACUAAUGAGCUGUACAAUUGAUGCCUUUUAAAUACUGUAAUAUUAGUCAACAGAAAAGAGUGUAAGAACGAAUGAUGAUUGAAAUGUAAGUUUUUAUUCCUAUUUUUUAUCUCAACUUUCUUGUUUUAGUCUAUUGCAAUUAUUAAAGACACUUGUAAAGUGAUCUGUGGUGCAGUAAUGAAAGUACCUGCGGUUACUGAAUUACGUUUUUCCUUCAAUACUCUCUUCGUUUACUUCUUACGAACUAGUCACAUUUUUAACUUCAUAUUAUGUAUACAGAUAGAAUUUAAAUAAUAUCUAUCUUAUUUUAGUUAUUUAUCUUUGAUAAGCUUAAGUAUAAAAGUAAUUUGAACUUGUAUAGUUUUUUCAAAUUCAAUUCCCGCGUCGCAGAUGUAAAUCGAUAUUAAAUGAACUCGACGCAAAUAAUGAUUAUAAUACCUAUUUGGAAUUAGCUUGUCCAAAUUGUCAACUCAAUGGAUUAGAUUAUUAUUUAUUAAAAUUAAUUUGAUUACCUACGAUAACGUCUUACCAAGUAGUGAAAAUCUUUGUGCGACUUUAUAUUAAAAUCACAUUAUUUUGCUAAGUUAGAUGAUCAGAUUAUAUUUAAGGUCAUGCAUAUUGCUCUGUCACCUUUAGAGAAGAAUUUUAAACUUUAUUUCAAUUACUGUAAUCGAAAGAUUGAUUACCGAAUUCACCUUCGCUCACUGAUAUCUCUUUACUAUGGCAAAUUUGAGUGUAGAAAUUAUGAUUUUGUAUAAGAUCGAUUAUUUCUAUAACGUAUAUAUUUUUUCUACUAUUUGAAUUCGUUCUGAAAAUUUCCAGUUUGGCUUUACUUAAUUAUUAUAAAAUUCUAGAAAAUUAAGUGUAACUUGCACACCCUGUGAAACAGUUGAUGUGCAAUUCUAGCUGAAUAUCUCCAAACAUAAAAAGGAACGAACAGGUAUCAUUUUUUUUCACACAGUUUAUUGUUAUCACAAUAUUUGGAAUGACAAUAUUUGCUCAGUAUCCCCAAAUUUUUUCUUAAAUACUCUGUAGGUGUGGAGUAACAUAUCAUGUGAUGAAUAUUUAUUAAACUACCCAGAUAACAACGUGUGUGUAAAAUUCGGAUCAAAAAAGCCGCAACGAUUGAAACGUGUUGCUAGUAAUAUUAGUACAAGGUGUGUCCUCUAAUUGUUAUCAAAAUUAGAGUAAACUGUUCUGACCAAAAUUUGACAGCAACAAAACUGCUAAAUGCAAGCAAGUCUUGCUACACAACGAAUAAUACAAAAAUUAUUAUUGUAGAUCUGCUGCACAAAACUUAUCGAUAGCAAAUAUUCAGUGUAAAGGCAAAUUUGAUUAUCUGGGUAUUUAAUAAAUAUUUGAUGAACUUUUGAAAAUGGCUGUAAAUUUUUAUAGAACUUACAUAGCGCUGCAGAAUGAUGACACGCUCAUAAUUUUAUCAUAAAUUUGAUCCAGUGAAUAGUGAAAUAUGUUUAUAUUUAUGGUAAACGAAAAUAAGAUGCAAAACAAAAAAAGAUUUUAUGAUAAUAUAGUCUAUUUUAUUAUUCUUAUUAUACAUGCAGGUGUAUUUUUCAAAUUGCAUACCACCAAACUAUCAAGGGGAGGGUGCGACCUUCGGAUCACCAAUUUCUAAGUCCUUUUGGUACAAUAAAAUACUUUACAAUAUUAGUCUAAAGUGUGUAGCGAAAACGCAAUUUGCAGACCGGAAUACCUGGACAAGUCAUGGAACUUCAUAUUCCAAAAAGCGUAUGAACUCUGAUUUAUUCAAGUAUUUAUUGAUCAUUGACAUAGUACAAUUUAAAUAAAUAAGCUAAUUGUCGUCUGCCGUAAGUUUCGGUUCGAUGCGCGUUUGCAUAUUGGAAUAUUUCACGAUUUUUGUUUUUCCGUACUUUGUUGGAAGCAACAGUUGAUCAAACUUUAUA